UUGCUCUUGGUUGAGAUUUUUUGUUUGCAAUUCAUCAAGUCUAACGGUACCGGGACGCUCGUAGGCUUUUAGGAAAGCUACGUACGACACUCAAGCAGGAAUUAGGAAAGUACGAAUAUGGAAAGUUAGCCAGAAAUAGCAUAUCUGUAUUUGAAAUUCAAAUUGCCUUUUAUAGGCGAUUACAAAUGGUCAGCCUGGCUGGCAGGCUGGACGCUUGAGCUCCCUCCUGCUGGACUGGAUGGUGGGCUUCCCGCUAGGCUGGAGGAAGGCUUCUGACCGGGCUGGAGGCAGGCUCCCGGGUAGGCUAGAAGGUAGGCUCCCGGUUAGGCUGGACCGCAGGCUUCCAGUUGGGCUGGACCGCAGGCUCCCAGCUGGGCUAGUGGUCGGCAGGCUCCUGGCUAGGCUGGAAGGUAGGCUCCCCACUGGGCUGGAAGGCAGGCUCCCAGGUAGGCUGGACCGCAGGCUCCCAGUUGGGCUGGACCGCAGGCUCCCAGCUGGGCUGGUGGUCGGCAGGCUCCUGGCUAGGCUGGAAGGCGGGCUCCCCACUGGGCUGGAAGGCAGGCUCCCCACUGGGCUGGUCGACAGGCUCUCUUGGGCUUCCGCUCCUUGAUUGCCCUGGUUGGUUGGGCUGACUCGAGCUCUGGGUUGCUGGGCUUGGGCCCGCUGGUCCAAGUUCGGGGCCUGGGCCGAUUAGGCUCUGGGCCUAGUCCCAUAACCCCAUCACGAGUCCCCCACUCCCUUAGUCGAGUAGUAGACUCGGCUAAGAGGGAGUAGUUUAAGUCAGCUGCCGAUUUAAAAAUAUUCACAUAUCAGGGAGCCAUAAUUGUGGAUUAUGGGAAUCCCAGAAUUUAUGGAAAUUCCCAAAUUAAAUCAGGCUCCCAAAAAAGGUUCCAAAUAAAUUCCUUCCUUUUCUUUUCUUUCCUUUUCUUUUCUUUCCUUUUUUUUCUUUUCCUUUCUUUUCUUUUCUUCCUUUCUUUUCUUUUCUUUCCUUUUCUUUUUCUUUCCUUUCUUUUCUUUUUCCUCUCUCUCCUGGAACCGCGUGCGUG